ACAAGUUAUCGGAGUCCAAUAACUUCUCCGCGUUGGAGGUUUUUGCUCUGGGUGCUGACACCUUAAAAAUAAAAAAAAGUCCCUCGUUCUUCUUUUAUCUCCCCCGCGAAUUCUACCCCACAUUGUGAGAUUAAAAGAGGUCAAUUUGAAUCGAUAAGAUCGCAAUUCUCGGGAAGGGAAAACAUUCCCACAACGAAGCCGAUAUCAUGCGGCCGCAUACCCCCUCUCUGGACACCGCUCACGUAGCAGCGGGGCCUACAUCACCACCAGAGACUCCCACUACCGGAUCUCCUAAGAUCAACCGUAAAGCAGCGGUGAUCAAUGGCCACCUACCUCGGCAUUCCAAGUCCCACGGCCAUCAACGCCAUCCAUCUAACAUCCGGCCUUUAGGUGGGACUAAAUUCAGUUACACUCGUGCGCCUCGACCUGAGGAAAUCUCUCCUCGCUCCUCCAACUCUUCGUCGGAGGAGUCCGACUCAUCUACGAGUCCCCCGCAGUCGCCACUCUCGGAAGUACCAAAAUUUCGCCACCAACACGUAGAGAAGGUUGACGCCGCAAUUCGGAUCGAGCAGGCGGCAUUUUCCAUCGAGGAAUUGAGUGACGACUGUUCCCUCAAUGGCGAGGACGAUCAUCUAAACGUUCUUCGGCCGUAUGCUUUUGAGUAUGCUAAUUCCGACCGAAGCCGGUCAAGAUCCCGGCCUCCCCCGGAUAUGGACCCGGCUGUGAUGGAAGGAAUCGAGAAUCUGAACACUUUUGAAGAUUCCGAUUGCGACAUCGACCGCGAUGACGAAGAGUUCAUUCAGCAGCUUCAGAAAAGUCGUAAGGAACGCCGUCUGAGGAGGAUGACGUCCGGGAGUCUUAGCAAGCGAACAGUAAGCGAGCGGGGCAGCGACUCCGAUAGAGAGGACGUAUUGCCCUAUUACGAGGGGAACGAGACAGGCCCAACUCGCCGAAUGCGGCGAAAAGUCGGUGACCGAAUCAGCAUUCAAUUUACGGGUGCGCUCCCGGAGCGAAUUGAGGAGCUCAAGGAGCCGAACAGCGACGAUGAGAUUAUCUUGGAUGAUGCCGAGAUAUUCGCAAGAGAGUUACCGUACUGGACUCUGAUGGAUGUUGACUCUGAAUGAGCUCAACCACAUACGUUAUAAAAGUGAAUAGGAGAGAAGCUUCGUAGUAGCUUCGUGGAGAUGGUGCUAGUGCGUUGCCGACACAUAUGCGGCACACACAUUACGAUUAUACGACCCUAUACAACCACGACUGAGUUGAUAAUAUACCGACCUCUCUUUUCAACUAAUAUCUAUGGGAGCUAGCUGCUGCGG